AUGGCUGCCAAGCUCGUCCGCUCGUCGAGCCUCCUCCUCCUCGCCAUGGCGUUGUGGACAUCGUCAUGCGUGCUUCUGCCGGCGGCCAUGGCUGAUCACACCGUGCAGCCGGCGUCAGUGUCGUCGGCGCAGCUGAGCAUAGGUGCCGCAGGCAAGCCCGACCACCACCGCCACGCUGCCAGCUGCAUCGUCGCCGUCAUCCGCCGCCGCAGGAGCAGCGGCGCUCCAACCGGGGACACCUGCAGCGGCGGCGUCUGA